AGAAGUCUUGAGGCUCCGCCUUCUCGAACAUCAAGCACACUCGUCCUUCCUUUCAUUGCUACCUCUUGCGGAUCCCACUUGUCGGGACUUUCUUUACCCCAGCCUUGGGACUUUCUUAACCCCAGGCCUUUUCGUCACUUGUCUCUGGGCAGUUCUGUCCUAAGUAGGUUAGCGCCUGGGGUGAAGCCGCACCGAAAGGACCCCGGCGCCCCCUAGCGGUCUUGGUGAGGGCGCGGGGCUAUAUAGGCUGAGUGCUGCCCUCGGUCCCAGGAAGAAAACCAGUGCCCCAGGCGGCAAGGAGAGCGGCGCCUCGCGGAGAUGCUGCGGUCUGGCGAGGUCCACACUGGGACGACCAUCAUGGCAGUGGAGUUCGACGGAGGUGUUGUGGUGGGUUCUGACUCCCGGGUGUCUGUAGGCAGAAAGGCAGUGGUAAACCGAGUGUUUAACAAGCUGUCUCCACUACACCAACACAUCUAUUGUGCUCUCUCUGGUUCGGCUGCUGAUGCCCAAGCCAUGGUUGACAUGGCCGCCUACCAACUGGAGCUCCAUGGGUUGGAACUGGAAGAAUGUCCGCUUGUUCUAGCUGCUGCCAACGUGGUAAGGAAUAUCUCUUAUAAAUAUCGGGAGGACCUGUCUGCACAUCUCAUAGUAGCUGGCUGGGACCAACGUGACGGGGGCCAGGUGUACGGAACCCUGGGAGGAAUGCUGACUCGGCAGCCCUUUGCCAUCGGUGGCUCUGGCAGCACCUAUAUCUACGGUUAUGUGGAUGCGGCAUAUAAACCAGGCAUGUCCCCUGAAGAGUGCAGGUGUUUCACCACCAAAGCUAUCACUCUGGCCAUGAACCGGGAUGGCUCUAGUGGGGGUGUCAUCUACCUGGCCACUAUUACAGCUGCUGGUGUGGACCAUCAAGUAAUUUUGGGUAAUGAGCUGCCGAAAUUCUAUGACAAGUGAAUCUUCCUCAGACCUCCUUUCCUUAUUUUGUAAUAAACUGUCUGGGA